AUGUCUGGGACUGGCGCAAAACCCAGGACACAGACGACUCUGACGAGCAAAGGUAAAAUGACAAUCACACGACAUACCCAACCUGUCGAAGCAGAAGCACAACCACAAGAACGGAAAAGGACGAGGGCGGCUGGAUCGGCGGAGAUAGAGGGGAACGAUCAGGAGAUUAGCGAUGCCGAAAAGGGCAAGAUAUACCUCGAAGAGACGCUCACAUUCGUACCAGCAGGUGCGACGCCCACUUUGGACACGCUCUCGACAGCCCUCUUCCAGAUAGCGGCUAUGCAGGGUAUCGGACGCCCAGCAGUCAACGCGAAAUUGUAA